UUGGAGUCUCAUAAGCUUUUAUCAGUCAGGAAGCUUCGGCAUAUAACAACGAUGUGGACCAAUGUUUUCAAACUUGGAGGCCUUCAUCAGAUAUCAUGGUUCCAGUUUCUUCCCCACGAAGCCGAUUUGAGCUCUCUACCUGACAAAAGUGUGAAAGUAGAGCAGAAAGAUACUGCUAUGCUGUCGGUGCUUUCAUCGCAUCUACAGUUGCAAAAGGAAGGAUUUCUCAGCACAUGGACCAAUUCCUUUGUUGGGCCCUGGGAUCCAUCUCAAGGUCUGCACAAUCCUGAUGAGAAAAUCAAGCUUUGGCUUUUUCUUCCUGGGCGUCAUUCAUCAGUUGUUGAUACUGCUCAAAGUGCAGUCUCUAGAUUAAGAGUAAUUGCAUCUGGAAUAUGGUUGGCUCCCGGAGACUCAGAAGAGGUUGCAUCUGCCCUUUCACAGGCUUUAAGGAAUUGUAUAGAGAGAACACUUGCCGGACUUUCCUACGUGAGAUUUGGAGAUGUGUUUUCAAAGUAUUGUCCAUCACAAAGUGAGGAAAUGUUCAGGAGAGGGCAACCUACUGUUGAGUUUGUCUUUGCUGCCACUGAAGAGGCAGUCUUUGUACAUGCCAUAAUUUCGGCAAAGCAUACCCGAACACUUUCAGGCGGAGAUGUUGAAGGAGCAUUGCAGCGUUCUUCCAAUAAUUCGGGUUAUAGACUUCCAGUGAUUGUUUCUCCUCAUGGGAUUCGUGGUAGGCUCACUGGUUGUUGUCCCGGGGAUCUUGUCAAACAAGUGUAUUUAUGUUCUGGCAAGUUUAAGACUCCAAAUGGAUUUAUAGGUCUACCAUAUCAUGUUUCUCAAGAUGCUGGUUGCCAGAUGAGGGGGCAAAGUUGCUAUGUAGAAGUUACCCUGGGCUGCCCUAAAUCUGUGAGUGACAAUCCUUUGCAAUCAAACUCAGAUGCCAUGAGGAAUUUUCCCACAAAUAAUGUUCCCGAAUCUGCUGAUGUGGGAAGAGGUGAUAAGAAAGGAUCGCCAGAUCAAUUACCAGUUCAUGAGAAAACAUUCAUAUAUCCAGCUGAGGCAGUGCUUGUUCCAGUCCUGCAUACAUCAUUUGCCAGAUCUUCUCUGAAAAGAUUUUGGCUACAGAAUUGGAUAGGACCAUCAUUACCUGGUUCAUGUUUCUUUAUGCAUUGUGGUAGCAAUAUGGACUUCGUUGAAGGAUCAUGGACUGAAAUCAAUGGAAUACAUGCCAAGCAUGGCUAUAAUAGUAGUAGUAAUAGUAACAGUAGCAGUAUCAGCACCAUAAGCAGCAGCUCUAGCGAUAGCGAUCACAAGAUGACUACAGGAGCCAGUGAACUUGAGGGAGAUGCUGACUCUUUAACGUGUAGACAAUCUGGUUUAUCUUCUAAUCAUCAGUUGGAGAAUGGCCCCAUAUUGGGCUCUAAGCGUCCUCGAACUGGGAUGACAGAUUCAUUUGGUCAAGUUGGUACAGAGACAAAUGCUCUUGUGCAAGAAGCAUACAAGUCUGAUUUUAUUUCCAUGGAAGUUGACAAUUCAGCCAUAACAGGAGUUGCAAGUGAGCAGAUUGGAUCCGAUUGGGAUUGGGAUGAUGAUGACAGAGGUAUGGUCAUGGAUAUCCAAGCUCUCCUCUCCGAGUUUGGAGAUUUUGGGGACUUCUUCGAAAAUGAUGCCUUGCCUUUUGGGGAGCCCCCAGGAACUGCAGAAUCACAGGCGCUUAUGUUUUCUGCACCAGAUUGUGGAGAUGUGGGUCCCAGUCCAGUUGGGAUGAUGGAUGUUUCUGAUCAGGUGCUAUUGCCUGUAGGUUUUCAAUCCUUUGAGAGUUUUGAUCCCCCUCCAUUAGCCCAAGAGGAGCAUCUCAGCAAAAGUCAAGAAGUCACAAAUAACAGUUUGUCAUCAGGUCUGGUAAACCACACUCCAGCAUCCUCUACUGGUGAGUUCGAUCAUAUAAUAAAAGCUGAAGCACUGAUGACUUUUGCUCCUGAAUAUGGAGCCGUGGAGACCCCCACAAGCGAAUUUUCGUCAUCCAUUUUCAGAAGCCCAUAUUUUCCAAAAUCUCGAAGAGAGGAGAGUUCCAAUUCAAGCUCAAAUAAUUACAUCUAUGGUGCAACACCACCCUCUUCUCCUUGCUUUGAUGGAUCAGAUGACAAGACUAGCCUGCCCAUGAACUCAAAACCAUUGUCUGGCAGGAAUGAUGUGAAUGCUGUUGUUCACUCAAAAAAAUAUUACACUCAUGUGGAAAGGGGGAAAGAGAGACAUGAUAAAAGAUUUCUUGCAGGUAAUAAUAGUGUUGCUAUGUCUGAGGGGGUGGCACCAACUCCAUUCUCUAGUUUAAACUCUACAAAUGCUGUUAAAUCUUCCCUGAGAAAAGUGUCUGAAGGCACCCUUGAAUUGGCACCUUUCCUUCAGUCUAUGAAGACCGUGUUUGCAACUGAAGUUGAAUGUCUGAUGUUCCAGGCCUCCAUGUGCAGGAUAAGGCACACACUAUUACCUUCCAGUACCUCUAUGCCUAUUAAUUUGAGUAGGUUAACCGGAAGUAAUGUUUUUAAUCAGCUGCCUGGUGACCAAAGUACAUUGACGGACAAUACAUCUAGCAAGUAUGAGGUGAAAAAGAAAGAGACCAUACCAAUUAGAAUAGCUGGUGAUACUGAUGGAAUUCUAGAUGGGCACCUUAAUGCGCCUGUUGGUGUUUGGCGCUCUGUUGGAGUUCCUAAAGUUCCGAAGCUCUCAAACUCACCAAGUAUGGAAAUUAGUCCAUCCUUACCUCAUAAUUCGUUCAAUGAGGAAGCUAUCCUUUCUUUUGGACAAAUGCAACCUCUUCAGGAGCUUCUUGAUGGAAUGGCAUUACUUGUCCAACAAGCUACAUCCUCCGUUGAUCUGACCCUUGAUGGGGAUUGUGGUGAUGGUGCUUAUGGUUGGCUUGCGUUACAAGAGCAGUGGAAGCGGGGAUUUUCUUGUGGACCUUUUAUGAUGCAUGCUGGUUGUGGGGGGACUUUGGCUUCUUGUCAUGCACUUGACAUUGCUGGUGUGGAGUUAGUGGAUCCACUUUCUGCUGAUGUUCACGCUUCGUCUGUGAUUAAUUUGUUGCAGUCUGACAUAAAGACAGCCUUAAAAUCUGCUUUCAGUAUUUUGGAUGGUCCAUUGUCUGUCAAUGAUUGGUGCAAAGGCCGCAAUCCAUCAGUUGAUGCUGGAAGCACGGGUGAUGGAUUUUCUGCUGAGUCUUCUAUAAGUGAAUGCAGAGAUUCUUCCAGUACUGUUGGAGAACCAAUGAGCCCAUCUCAGUCUUCUGCUGGUGGAUCAUCUUCUCUUAAAGUCUCUAGAGAAACAGAUAGAGCAAAAGUGGAUGAGACAUGCCAAAGGAGAUCUAACCAAGAAAUCUGUGCCUCAGAGUCAGAGCAGCAACAAAGCACCCGGCUAAGACCAACACUUCUUGUUCUUCCUUUGCCUGCUAUACUUGUUGGGUACCAGGAUGAUUGGCUUAAGACGUCUGCAAGCUCCUUGCAACUUUGGGAGAAGGCUCCUCUUGAACCAUACGCAUUACAGAAACCUAUUACUUACAAUGUUAUAUGUCCAGACAUUGAUCCACUAACUUCUGCUGCUGCUGAUUUUUUCCAGCAACUUGGAACUGUCUAUGAGACGUGUAAACUGGGUAGUCAUUCACCACAAAGUUUGGGCAACCAAAUGGAAAUCGAUUCAGCAAAAUGGUCAUCUUCUGGUUUUGUUCUACUUGAUUGUCCUCAGUCAAUGAAGAUAGAAAGCAGUAACGCAUCUCUUGUGGGCUCAAUAAGCGAUUAUUUUCUUUCUCUUUCCAAUGGUUGGGACUUGACAAGCUAUCUUAAGUCCCUUUCAAAGGCACUAAAAGGCUUGAAACUUGGUCCAUGCUCGUCCACAAACCCAAAAGAAGGAAGCAGUGGUCCUUGUAUGGUAAUAUACGUGGUGUGCCCCUUCCCUGAGCCUACUGCAGUUCUACAAACCGUUGUUGAGUCUUCUGUUGCUGUUGGAUCAGUCAUUCUCCAGUCAGAUAGGGAGAGAAGAUCUAUAUUGCACAGUCAGGUUGGGAAGGCUUUAAGCUGCUCAGCAGCAGUGGAUGAAGCAACCAUAUCAAACAUUUUAGUACUUUCAGGGUUUAGUAUUCCUAAAUUGGUACUGCAGAUUGUGACAGUUGAUGCCAUUUUUAGAGUUACAAGUCCAUCACUUAAUGAGCUUGUCAUCCUUAAGGAGACUGCCUUCACUGUUUAUAACAAGGCUCGUCGAAUUUCUCGAGGAUCCUCUAAUGACAUGGUCCAGUCAUCAUCAAUAUCUAGCAGAUCUCCCUCGGUCCUGACACAAAUGUCUUCUCCUAUGUCAGGGAUGUGGAAGGACUGUGUGGGUCCUCGAAUUACUGGGCAUUCCCUUCCUAGAGAGGGUGAAAUCGAUGCUAGCCUGAGGAAUAAUUCUUGGGAUAAUUCUUGGCAGACUAGGACUGGAGGUUUAAGUUGUGAUCCAAUUAGAACAGGGGAUUGUACAGUUCAAGAUGAAAUUCGUUACAUGUUUGAACCUCUUUUUAUUCUUGCAGAACCUGGUUCCAUAGAGAAUGGAGUUUCACCAGUGUUUUCUGGUAAUAUAGUGUCAGAAUCUACAAAGACAUUGUCUGAUGAUAGUAGUGGAGGAUUCAUGCAGGGUGCAGGCUCAGCAGGAAGUGCAGACGCUGGAUCAUGCUCUCAUCUUGAUGGAUCUGAAACUGAUGGCUUUGGAUCUAGCCAUCAAAAGACUCCUCCAAGCCUACAUUGUUGUUAUGGGUGGACAGAGGAUUGGCGUUGGCUUGUAAGCAUCUGGACAGAUUCAAGGGGAGAAUUGCUCGACAGCCAUGUAUUCCCCUUUGGUGGAAUCAGCAGUAGGCAGGACACGAAGGGUCUGCAAUGUCUUUUUGUUCAAGUUCUGCAGCAGGGCUGUCAGAUACUUCAGGCAUGCUCUUCUCCUGAUAUCGGAGUUGCCAAACCUAGAGAUUUUGUGAUUGCGCGCAUUGGGAGCUUCUUUGAACUUGAAUACCUAGAGUGGCAGAAAGCCAUCAAUUCAGUUGGAGGCUCUGAGGUAAAAAAAUGGCCCUUGCAACUUCGACGAUCUAUGCGCGAUGGAAUUCCUGCAAGCAGUAAUAGUACAUCCUUACAGCAACAGGAGAUGAGCUUGAUUCAAGAGAGAACCCUACCUACCUCACCUAGUCCUUUGUAUAACCCUCAUGCUAAAGCAACUGGCUUUAUAAAAGGUGGUUUAGGACAACCUGCUGCAAGGAAGCAGCUUAUGGGUGGGCAGACACUAGUUGACAACUCAAGGGGCUUGCUUCAGUGGGUGCAGAGCAUCAGUUUUGUCGCAAUUUCAGUUGACCAUUCUUUACAUCUAGUUUUUCAAGCAGAUUCACCAUCUCCUGGAGGGGCUCAAGGGGGUAGUGGUAUGGGACCAUCUGGCUAUCUUGAAGGGUUCACCCCUGUAAAGUCUCUUGGUUCUACGUCUGCUUCCUACAUUUUGAUCCCAUCACCUAGCAUGCACUUUCUCCCUGCAACACCUCUUCAGCUCCCAAUGUGCCUCACUGCAGAAUCACCACCCCUGGCUCAUCUUCUCCAUAGCAAGGGCUCUGCAAUUCCUCUUUCCACUGGUUUUGUAGUUUCAAAAGCCAUACCUUCCAUGAGGAAAGACUAUAGAAGCAACUUGAAAGAAGAAUGGCCUUCGGUUCUUUGUAUAAAUCUUAUUGAUUAUUAUGGAGGCACUAGCAUUAUCCAAGACAAAAGUGUUCGAGGUAUUAAUAAACAGGGAGGUAGAAGUUUAAGCUCUGAAGCUAAAGAUUUCGAAAUUGAGACCCAUUUAGUUCUUGAGUCUGUUGCAGCAGAGCUUCAUGCACUAUCAUGGAUGACUGUUAGUCCAGCAUACUUGGAGCGACGGACUGCAUUGCCUUUCCACUGCGACAUGGUUUUAAGACUGAGAAGGCUACUUCAUUUUGCUGAUAAAGAGCUCUCUCGACAGCCAGGGAAAUUGCACGUGUAGGAGGACAUUGACACAAUAGGAAAUGAGUCGGGACGGUGGAGUUCUUAUGGAACGAUGAGCGAUGAAUAGGCUGUGCUAUGAUGCAUCUGGUUGUACAAUAAUCAAUGUAGUAUGUUAUCUGUAUAUGUGAUUUUGAUCCAUUGAUCCAUCCGCAGUCUUGAAUUUCCAAGAAAGAAAUUGAACAGUCUGGGUAGAAAUAGUGAAGCUAUUUGUAAAAAAAAAAAAAAAAAAAAAAAGAAAUACUUAGGAGUAACGGAUAUAGCUUUGCUUGCAGAUUUGUAGAAUGUAUAUGAAUGUUGUAGACAGCAGACAUUUUUUUUUUAAGGAAAAAAAAAAGGCUAACGUGAUCGGUCGGUCAGUACA